GAUGUAAUUGAACGAUGAAACUUAAUUUGUCACUAUUGUACGGAUCGAAACGUUAGUAUAGUAUGGCCCGUUGUUUACAGCUGCUUUAUUAUACCCAACCUUUCAAUUUACUACACGCACCAUGCCUUCCAUUCGAUGCCUCCAUUCUGCUAGCCGCACAAUGGCCUCUAUCCGAACCAUUCAAUGCCGACAUCCGGCUUCUAUCCGAGCCUUUUCUUCUACACAACUCCGAGCUGCGACUCAGGGGUACGGGGAUGGAAAGGGCCACCCAAUGGCCGAGAAUCCUCAAGAUCAAGGUGCCUCAAACAGCAAGAAGCAUAACGCAGAGCACCCUGGUCCUGAGCCAGUAUCUGAGGGACAAGGAACCGGUGCCGGCCCAACGAAAGGCGGUUCUGGUGGUCCAAAAUCUCCUGAAGAUGCAUCGGCACAAUCUGGAGGAUCAAGGUCGAAGGAAGCAAAGGAGACUGGAUCCAGCCCUACCGGUGGUUCCAUCAAGGAGAACGGAGGUAAGAAUAAGAAUCCAGAAGAGAAGAGUGUCAAAGGAGCUUCGCCCAAGAUCCAUUCUGAAGACGAGCCCGGAGCGAAGAGUUCGAGCAAACAAGCUGAGGUUGAGAAGCAUAACAGGGAGUUCAGAAAGGGACAUGACAGAGGCGCACAGAAGGUCUGAGGAUUAGAUGGAUGAGAGCUUUGAUGUGCACUGAUAGGCCAUGUUGUGGCAGAUGAGAGGUUAAUGCUGUGUUAUAUUUGGCGAAGAUGUUUCUCUUUCAAGAUUCUGUAUAAAUACUGCUUUCAAGUCCAAUUGUCAAUCUUAUGUAGUUGCUACAUCAGACAGGAAUACCUUGUUAUAUUCGACAAUAUGGAUGUAAUUGAACUUGCUUGAAGCUUGUCCUGGCUACCUAAGCA